AUCUGAACGGCAGUUUUCGAUUUUCUAAAAAUAUAAAAAACCAACCAAUUUGAUAAACAACAAAUAAAAAACCUUUCUUUCCCUCUUCAUGAUUAGCCAUUUUCAUUUUCCCCUCUGUUUUUCUUCUUUCUUCCUUAAAAGAGUUUAAUUUCUUUGCAUAUCAUGCAAAAAAAUAUAUAUUUAGGUACCCAUUUUCUUGAUUUAGCCUAAAAAGUAGUUUUUUUUCUUCUUGUUCGGUGGGAAAUAAAGAAAAAAAAGUUCAACAACUCAGAGUUGUAUUGGGUUUCGUAAAAUUUGUUUUUUUUUUUGGUUUUGUGUGUUUUUUUCUUUUGAUAUCUUACAAAAUCUCGAGGUUUAUGCGUUUUUUUGGGGAAUUGGGGUUGUGAGGAUGGAUUUUGAUUUCCAGGUUUAAGGAAAAUGGUGGAAACUUGGUAAAGGUUUGAUUUUUUUUUGAAAAAAAAGUGAAUUAGGGUUUUAGGAGUUGUUUCUGGAGCAAUGUUGCUUCAGAUAUUGUUUAAAUUUGAAUGAAAUAGUUUCUGUAUACGUAAUUUUACUUCAAAUCAGGGGGGAAAAUGUCUACUAUAGUUCGUAGUUCGUUAGAGGAAAUGCUGGAUUCUCUCCGGCAAAGGGAUGAGAAUGAGAAGCCAAAAGACUUACCGCCGGCGUUACCUGCUCGGCCUAAGCUUACAUCGAGAACUAGGCCUCCUUCACAGAGGCAACCGUUGAGCAAAAGGUUAAGCAAAGUUGAUGUUGAAUUGGAGAAUGGUAAGAAGAAGGAAGAGUCUAAAGGGUUGAAAAGGAAUGUUUUUGGUGCUAUAAAGGUGAAAGGAAUGGAAGAUAGCGAAUCGCCGUAUGCAAUGCCUUCAGUGAAGAAGAACAGCACAGGGAGAUUGCGGGAAGUAAGUGGUGGGAAGGUUGAGAAAUGGCGUAGUGAAGCUGAAUGGGAUGAUCGGCUGGAUUAUUUUGUUAAGAAGAAGCUUCGCAUCUGGUGUCGUCUGAGGAAUGGGGCAUGGGUAUCAGGACAUAUUCAAUCAACUUCAGGAGAGAAAGCUAUGGUGUUACUUUCUGACGGCAGUGUUGUGACAGUGCCUGUAGGAGAGGUAUUACCUGCUAAUCCGGAUGUUCUUGAGGGUGUGGAUGAUCUCAUGCAGCUUAGUUAUUUGAAUGAGCCAUCUGUUCUUCACAACCUUCAUAACAGAUAUGCACGAGAUAUGAUAUAUAGCAAGGCAGGGCCUGCUUUAAUAGCAAUCAAUCCGUUCAAAGAUAUCGAAUUGUAUGGGAACGAAUUUGUUACAGCUUACAGACAGAAGCUCUUGAAUGAUCCUCAUGUUUAUUCUAUUGCUGACACUGCCUACGAUCAAAUGAUGGAAGAUGAGAUAAGUCAAUCUAUUAUCAUAAGUGGGGAAAGUGGAUCUGGGAAGACGGAAACAGCAAAGUUUGCAAUGGAAUACUUGGCUAUGCUUGGUGGAGGCAAUAAUGGGAUAGAGAAGGAGGUUUUGCAAACAAGCUACAUAUUGGAGGCCUUUGGGAAUGCCAAAACUUCCAGGAACAAUAACUCCAGUCGAUUUGGAAAGUUGAUUGAAAUUCAUUUUAGUACAGCAGGAAGAAUAUGUGGUGCUAAAAUACAAACCUUGAUUCUUGAAAAGUCGAGAGUGGUUCAGCUGCUUGAUGGAGAGAGGUCCUAUCAUAUUUUUUACCAACUAUGUGCCGGGGCUCCACCUACUUUGAGAGAUAAACUUAAGUUAAAAGGUGCAUCAGAAUACAAAUAUCUCAACCAGAGUGGCUGCUUGGUGAUCCAUGAUGUUGAUGAUGCUGAGGAAUUUUGUAAGCUUAUGGAAGCCCUAAAUACUGUUAGGAUUUCUGAAAGGGAUCAAGAGCAUGCUUUUCAGAUGAUUGCUUCAGUUCUAUGGCUGGGAAACAUAACGUUCCAAGUAAUUGACGAUGAAAGUCAUGUUGAAGUUGUGCAAAGUGAAGCUGUUACAAAUGCUGCUAGCUUGAUUGGCUGUACUGUAAAUGACCUCAUACUAGCUUUAUCAACAUGCCAAAUACAAGCUGGCAAGGAUAAGAUCGCCAGGAGUUUAACUGUAGAGCAGGCAACUGACAGAAGAGAUGCAUUGGCAAAGUUCAUUUAUGCAAACUUGUUUGACUGGAUAGUAGAUCAAAUGAACAGAAACCUUGCAAUGGACAAAGAACAGAUGGGUAGAUCCAUAAAUAUUCUAGACAUUUACGGUUUUGAAUCAUUUAAGAGAAACACAUUUGAACAAUUUUUGAUAAACUAUGCAAAUGAGAGGCUCCAGCAGCAUGUCAACAGACAUCUAUUGAAGCUCGAGCAAGAGGAAUAUGAAUUGGACGGAAUUGAUUGGUCAAAAGUAGAUUUUGAAGACAACCAAGAGUGUCUGAAUCUUUUUGAAAAGAAGCCAAUUGGCCUUAUAUCUUUGUUGAAUGAAGAAUCAAAUUCCCUAAAAGCCACAGAUUUGACCUUUGCAUGUAAACUUAAGCAGCACAUCAAAUCUAGCCCUUGCUUUAAAAUUGAAAGAGAAGAAUUUUGUAUUCGUCAUUAUGCUGGAGAGGUAACUUAUGAUGCAACUGGCUUCUUAGCAAAGAACAGAGAUGUGUUGCAUCCUGACAUUAUUCAGCUACUCUCAUCAAGUGAUAGUCACCUGCCUGAAGAAAAAAAAUUCUCAAUUCCAUCAACUGAUACAAGGGUGCUAGAUUUUAAGAAGCAAAGCGUUGCAACUAAGUUUAAGGAUAAUUUGUUCGAAUUGAUGCAGCAAUUGGAAAAUACCAUACCACAUUUCAUAUGUUGCAUAAAACCAAAUAAUAAGCAGCUUCCUGGCAUGUCUGACAAAGAUCUUGUCAUAGAACAGCUCAGAUGCUGUGGUGUUCUUGAGGUGGUUAGAAUAUCAAGAUCUGGCUAUCCUACUAGGUUAACACAUCAAGAAUUCACAAGCAGGUACGGUUUCCUUCUGCCAAAGGAUAAUGCAUGCCAAGAUCCUUUAAGUAUGUCAGUUGCCAUUCUUCAUCAAUUUGGUAUUCUUCCGGAACUGUACCAAGUUGGGUAUACAAAGUUAUAUUUCCGAUCAGGACAGAUUGCAUCAUUGGAGGAUGUAAGGAACCAAGUUCUGCAAGGUACUCUUGAGGUGCAGAAGUGCUUCCGUGGUCAUCGUGCUCGUCGGCACUUCCAUGAGCUGAAAGGAGGAGUAAUCAUACUUCAAUCAUUUAUUCGUGGUGAAAUAGAAAGAAGGCUGUAUAAUACUAAAGUGAUGUCUAAAGGGUUAGUGAUGUCUAAAGGGAAGGUUGCUCGUGAAGGAAGUGAUGAGCAGCUGGUCGCUGUUGUGCAGAUACAAUCAGCUAUUCGUGGUUGGUUGGCUAGAAGGGAUCUUCGUAAACUGCAGAAUUCAAAAAUGUUAAAUGUAGACAAACGAAGAUCAGGCAGAAAGACGGAGGUCAAGGAGUUGCCUCGAGAAAUCCUACCAUCUGUUGUAGAAGACCUCGAAAGACGGGUUGCAAAGGCCGAGGCAACCAUUGAACAGAAGGAAAAGGAAAAUGCUGCCCUGAAGGAACAAGCAAACCAAUUCGAGGCCCGAUGCUUAGAAUAUGAGGUCAAGAUGAGGUCAAUGGAGGAGAUGUGGCAAAAGCAAAUGACAUCAUUGCAACAGGCUAGUCUAGCUGCAGCCAAGAACACUCUUGCCGCUGGUGACACUACUGGUCGACCUGGAAAGCUUGAAGGUUCCCCAUCUCCUCACUAUUAUGAUUCUGAUGAUGCAACAUCUAUGGACACUCCUGCGGGACGCACUCCAAUUAACUUUUCUAACAACAGCUUGGGUGUUGUAGCUAAUAGAGAGGUUAAUGGUGGUUUAUCCUUAAUCAGCCACCUUACAAUGGAAUUUGAACAACGGAAGCAGAAUUUUGACAACGAAGCCAUGGCAAUUGUUCACUUGAAGCCAGGGCAAUUACAUUCUACUAAUAAUCCUGCAGAUGAGUAUCGAAGACUUAAACACAGGUUUGAGGAAUGGAAAAAAGAGUACAAGGUCCGGUUAAAAGAGACGAAGUCAAAAGUACACAAGCUUGUUCAUUCUAAAGCAGGGAAGAGUCAUAGAAAAUGGUGGGGUAAGAAGAGCAAGUGAUUUUAGCUUAAAAUAAUUUUCGUCUUCUUCUUUAGGGUGUUAAUAGAUGGAACUAAUUUCCCCAACUAUGGUUGCUAAGUUAGCAAAGUUGGUGGAGAUUGGGAAAUAGUACGUACGUGUGCUCAAUUACGCAUCUCUGCAAUCGCUCAGCUAGAUAGUUAAGAACUUGUUUGUGAAUAUAGCCUGUUGUAAACAAUGCUAGGUUGUGGAAGUAUAUUAGAUAGCUUGCGAAAAACGGAUUGAAUUUCUCAGUCCACGUCUUUUCGCAUUAGCAAAUGUUGUAAUUAGUUGUUGUUGAAAGAUGGUGAUCAAUUGUAGAAAAGUCAUUACUUGAUUGUUCACAACAACACAAUGAGUGGCUAAAUGUGAUGGUAU